CGGAGCGGCGGCGGCCCCGGGCGGGCUGGAGCGCCGCUGGCCGAGCGCAGAGGCCGCGGCCCGCGGAGCCCGCCAUGCCGGCGCGGGUCUGAGGCGCGGCGAGCCAGGGCCGAGGCGAGCGGCGGCCGCGCCGGCCUGUGGCCCCGCAGCGGCCCGGCCCGGGCCCGAUGAGCGGCGGCCUCGGCCUCCGGCGCAGCCCGGAAAUGUCCGGCAAGAUCGAGAAAGCAGACUCUCAGCGUUCUCACCUCUCCUCCUUCACCAUGAAGCUGAUGGACAAAUUCCACUCGCCCAAGAUCAAGAGGACGCCGUCAAAGAAGGGAAAACCGGCGGAGGUGUCCGUGAAGAUUCCAGAGAAGCCUGUGAACAAAGAGGCAACAGACAGAUUUCUGCCAGAGGGCUACCCUAUCCCCUUGGAUCUGGAGCAGCAGGCAGUAGAAUUUAUGUCCACCAGUGCUGUGGCUUCCAGGUCUCAAAGGCAGAAGAACCUGAGCUGGCUGGAGGAGAAAGAGAAGGAGGUCGUCAGUGCCUUGCGCUACUUCAAGACCAUUGUGGACAAGAUGGCCAUUGACAAGAAGGUGCUGGAGAUGCUCCCCGGCUCAGCCAGCAAGGUGCUGGAGGCCAUCCUGCCGCUGGUGCAGAGCGACCCGCGAAUUCAGCACAGCUCAGCCCUCUCCUCCUCCUAUAGCCGAGUGUACCAAAGUCUCGCCAACCUCAUUCGCUGGUCUGACCAGGUGAUGCUAGAAGGUGUGAACUCAGAAGAUAAAGAGGUGGUGACAGCUGUGAAGGGGGUCAUCAAAGCUGUGCUGGACGGAGUGAAGGAGCUGGUCAGACUCACCAUCGAGAAGCAGGGGCAUCCGUCUCCCACAAGCCCGGCGAAACCCAGCUCCCCAGCCUGCAAACCCGACGGCCAGUCCGAGCUCCCCCUGACGGACCGGGAGACGGAGAUUCUCAGCAAGACCACCCGCAUGUCGCAAUCCACCGAGGGGCUUCCAGACUCCACGGACCAAGAAGUUGCGCCGCCCAAGCCCCCCUUGCCCGGCAUUCGGGUGGUGGAUAACAGUCCCCCCCCAGCACUGCCACCGAAGAAAAGACAGUCGGCUCCGUCACCUACCCGCGUGGCCGUGGUGGCCCCCAUGAGUCGAGCCACCAGUGGCUCCAGUUUGCCUCUUGGAAUUAAUAGGCAGGAUUUUGAUGUGGACUGUUACACCCAGCGACGACUGUCGGGAGGCAGCCACUCGUAUGGCGGCGAGUCGCCCCGCCUGUCGCCCUGCAGCAGCAUCGGCAAGCUCAGCAGGUCGGACGAGCAGCUGUCCUCUCUGGACAGGGACAGCGGGCAGUGCUCCCGGAACACAAGCUGUGAAACACUCGAUCAUUACGAUCCCGACUACGAAUUCCUCCAGCAAGACCUCUCGAACGCAGACCAGAUACCUCAGCACGCGGCCUGCCACCUCAGCCCGCUGCCGGAGGCCUCGGGGGAGGCCGCCCCGUUUCUCGGCCACCCUUUCCAGGCGCCUCUGGGCGGCUGUCCCCAGCCGGACGGGCCCUCGGCCCCGGGGUGGCCGACGGACACGCCGCCUGCCCUUCCCGAGAAGAAGCGCCGGAGCGCGGCCUCCCAGACGGCGGACGGCACCGGCUGCCGGGCGUCCUACGAGCGCCACCCGUCCCAGUACGACAACAUCGCCGAGGACGACCUGCAGACCCCCGGCCCGGGCCCGCACGGCCCCUUCACGCCCUUCGCUGCCGUCCUGCCCUUUCAGCAAGGAGGUUCCUCGGCCUCUGUCGAGUUCGUGGCUGACUUCACUGCUCCCGAACCGGCGGGGGACCCAGAAAAGCCGCCGCCUCUCCCGGAGAAGAAGAACAAACACAUGCUGGCCUACAUGCAGCUGCUGGAGGACUACUCGGAGCCGCAGCCCUCCGUGUUCUACCAGACGCCGCAGAAGGAGCACAUCUACCAGCAGAAGAACAGGCUCCUCAUGGAGGUGUACGGCUUCAACGACUCCUUCAGCGCCGGCGACGCCCACGAGCUCGCGCCGCCCCCCGCCCUGCCCCCGAAGCAGCGGCAGCUGGAAUCGCCAGCCAUGAAAGAUGGACACCUCAGAGAUGCUUCAUCAGGCAGCAGUGCCCCUGGGCAGGAAGGCAGAGACGGCGGGGACAGGGCCCCGAAGUCUCCAGACGCCUCCGAGUCAGCUCAGUCAGAGGAGGAAGUGGACGAGCUGUCCCUCAUCGACCACAGUGAGAUCAUGGCCAGGCUGACGCUCAAGCAAGAGGGUGACGACGGGCCAGACGUCCGUGGAGGGUCUGGCGACAUCCUGCUGGUCCACGCCACCGAGACGGACAGGAAAGAUCUGGUGCUGUACUGCGAGGCCUUCCUCACCACCUACAGGACCUUCAUCAGCCCCGAGGAACUCAUCAAGAAGCUGCAGUACAGGUACGAGAAGUUCUCGCCUUUCGCUGACACGUUCAAGAAGCGCGUCAGCAAGAACACAUUCUUCGUGCUGGUGCGGGUGGUGGACGAGCUCUGCCUAGUGGAGCUGACGGAAGAGAUCUUGAAGCUGCUGAUGGACCUGGUCUUCCGCUUGGUGUGCAAUGGGGAGCUCAGCCUGGCCCGCGUGCUGCGCAAGAACAUCCUGGACAAGGUGGACCAGAAGAAGCUGCUCAGGUGUGCCAGCUCUGGCCAGCCCCUGGCAGCCAAGGGGGUGGCAGCCAGGCCCGGGACCCUGCAUGACUUCCACAGCCAUGAGAUCGCCGAGCAGCUGACGCUGCUGGAUGCCGAGCUGUUCUAUAAAAUAGAGAUUCCCGAGGUUUUGCUUUGGGCCAAAGAGCAGAACGAGGAAAAGAGCCCCAACUUGACCCAGUUCACGGAACACUUCAACAACAUGUCCUACUGGGUGCGGUCCAUCAUCAUGUUACAGGAAAAGGCCCAGGACAGGGAGCGGCUGCUCCUGAAGUUCAUCAAGAUCAUGAAGCACCUGCGGAAGCUGAACAACUUCAACUCCUACCUGGCCAUCCUCUCGGCACUGGACUCGGCGCCCAUCCGCCGGCUGGAGUGGCAGAAGCAGACCUCGGAGGGCCUGGCUGAGUACUGCACGCUGAUUGACAGCUCGUCCUCCUUCCGCGCCUACCGGGCCGCCCUCUCGGAGGUGGAGCCACCGUGCAUCCCCUACCUGGGGCUCAUCCUGCAGGACCUCACCUUCGUUCACCUGGGAAACCCAGACUACAUCGACGGGAAGGUGAAUUUUUCCAAGCGGUGGCAGCAGUUUAACAUCCUGGACAGCAUGCGGUGCUUCCAGCAGGCGCAUUACGACAUCCGGAGGAAUGAUGACAUCAUCAACUUCUUCAACGACUUCAGCGACCACCUGGCCGAGGAGGCCCUGUGGGAACUCUCUCUGAAAAUCAAGCCCAGGAACAUAACAAGGAGAAAAACAGACCGGGAAGAGAAGACCUAGGAGCAGGUGCCACGAGCGAGGAGAACGCUCCAGAGAGGCUCAGAGGGCCCCUCCAAGACCGCAAGGGACCUUGGACCUGUGACGCGGCAGUGGCACACGUCCUGGCCUCAGCGCCCCAAGGCCCAGCCAGGCCCCUGCGGUGUGGGCCCGGGUCCGGAGCCUGCGGCAGCUUCCUGCCUUCCUCCUCCCCAGGCGCAGACCCCUCGGCCCACGUGGAGUCAGCAGGCAGGUCGCGUUGCUCAUUUGUGACCCGGUGGUUUUGGUUUGGUUUGGUUUCUGCUUUGCUCGGUCUUCCGCUCUCGCCCCCUCCCCACCUCUCCUCCCCCAAGCCUGGGAGCUGCGCAGGGACACCUUCCGCAGACCAGGGGACAGCAGGGAUCUGCCGAAGGGACCGAUGAGUGGAGGCCCAAGCACCCUCAGGGGAGGCGCUUGCUCUCCUGGUGACCUUGGAAGAAGGGGACAUGCAGUCAGGUGGGCAGAAGGCAGGCCGGGGGGAGACCCCUCACUCUCCACGCCCCACUUCUUAAACUGGAUGGUGUGCGCUGCUCGGCUGGCCCAGAAAGGUACGACAGGCGCCCUCCCAGCAGCCCUGGAGCUGGCGCUUCAGUCACGGUACUGGCCUCCUUUGCUGGGCCUCGAGCAGCAGUGUCUCCCCGCCCCUUCAUCUCCCGCCCUGUCCUGCUGGCCCUCCCUGUGACCUGGCACCAUGGGAGCUGGGAAGCGGCCGCUGGAGCCAGGACAGCCCUGACUGCAGGGGGCCCCUGCUCCCGGUUGAGUUCAUUCCGAGGAGGGAGGGGCGCUUCUGUCCUGGGGAGGCCGGCAGCCCCUCCUCUGCCGCCUGCUGUGUGCCUUAAACUCCAUCUCCUGCCCCUCCGCCCUUCCCCGAGCCUCGGGGGCCUUUUGCCAGUGCUGCGCUGUCGGCGCUCCCCUGGUAGACACGGGGGUCUGGCUGCCCAGGCGCCUCUCCGGCGGCCACCACGCGGCAGGCUCGCCCUGUCCUCUGGCCAAGGCCCAGCGCCUGCAGGAGCCGGGCUCCUUCUCCUCCUCCUCCUCCUCCUUCAGAGCCGCUCUCGCUGCUGAGGUUGACAAUCUGGGGCAAGGUCUGCGGGGGGCCGGUGGGGGGGUGUCCUGAUUUGCAUCAUUGAGCAGCCUUCUCCUGGGCUUGGGGCUUGAGCAAGCAAACAGCAGGAUUGACCCGGGUUCAGUCCGGUUUAAACAGAACAAAAAGAAACCGACAUCUGUCAACCAUUUAAAGAAACAACCCUGUCACUUUGAGCCCCUCAUGGGUUUUUGAACAGCUUUUAUCCAGAAGACCGGGCCAGGUUUUUUCUUUGUCCUGUACAUAGAGGGAAGGAGUCUGAAGCGUCAGCUUCCACCCCUCGGGCAGCGGUCCUGCCGGCGGCGGCGGGCAGAGCGCGUCACUUUAUUAUUUAAGGAGUGUGUGUGUAGAGUCGCUGUUUAUUAACAGUAUUGUGUGUGGGAUUGGGUUUUCGUUUGUCCCCGCUUUUCCAAGUCCUCUCAUUUCAGUCUUUUCCUCCUCCCGUCCUCCUCCGGGCCCGGCCCAGCUCUGCUGAAUGCGCUGUGCGCGCCUGGGGGCCGCCGUGGGCUCGGGGCCGCGGGGCCCAACACGGCGCCGGGCCGGGGUCUGUUCGCCGUGUGCUCCGCUGGGAGCCGCACGGGAUGGAGGGGCUUCACCGUCCCUCGAUUCAGAGCAGACCCUGUGCCCACACGCCCCUCCUCGCCGGGGGCCCUGGGGCUGAGCCGAGGCGCCAGGCAGGCAGCGCGGGGGGACAUGGGGCCGCCGGGCCGGGGGCCCCCUGUGUGAGGACAGCAGGUGCAGUGUGUUUUAACUUAUUGGCUGACAGGCUUCCCCGCCUUCGCCUCCUUAAGACACGUUCCUGGCUCUGGGAGCGGCCAGCCUGGCUGUGGUUUGUCUGUCUGGAGGCCGGUCGGGGGUUUGACUGCAUCGGGAGGGCGUGGGUCCUGCGGAGGCGGCGCUCCCUGGCAGGCGUGGGACAGGGAGAGGGCAGGCACCCCACAUCUGAGAAGCUCCCUCCCGGUGUUACAAUGUAAUAUAUGCCCCUGACUAACCCGGCUGAUAGAGGCAUCUUCCUGCAGACAUUUCAAACCUGUAACUUUUAUAUGAAAGGAAAAUAAACGCAGAGGAAAGCUGUGGCCGCCUGUGUCAAAA